CAAACGUUAUUCAUCACUACGAAUUCAGAAAGGAUCCAGCCACAGAGCGGCGUAUUGCAUCUGACACUGGCCCUGGGACUUUAGAACACAUAAUGACUGAACCACACAAGAUCGCAUCCGCAUCAGUGAGGCAGGGCAUUGCUGAUUUGACCAAAAGACGCUUUACACCAGCUAUUGACAUCACGAUGACGACGUCAACUGACAACCGGGACUCCUACCUGUCUCGCAUGCUCCACCUUGCUGGGUCAAGACUACUGAUAGCUGACUUUACCAACAACAAUGUCAAAGUGAUGGACAUGCAGACUAACAGCCUGGUCUCCCAGAUCAGUGUACCGGGUCGGCCAUGGGACAUAUGUCAUUUACCUGUGGACCAGGUGGCUGUUACUAUGGCCAAUAAAGGUAUUCAGUUCCUAAAGACUCGAGGACAACUCGCUAUUGGUGACCCUAUCAAAGUAGAUGGUGACUGUCGAGGUAUUGCUUAUCAUGAAGAUACGCUGAUAGUGUCCUUCUAUAAUGGAAAGUUAGCGGUACUGAAUAUGAACGGGCAUGUUAUAAGGCAAAUAGAAAGGGAUGGCAGUGGAAAGGAACUGUUCAAUUGGCCUGCCUAUUUAGUAGUGGUGGGUGAAGGUUCGACUGCUUUCAUCUACGUAUCAGACAGGAGGAGGUACACAAUCUCAAAACUUGACAUCGCCCUGAACAUCAUUAAGACGUUCCAGGACCCUGCAUCGAAAGUAUUAUGGCACUUGGGGACCAUCUUUUAACCUGUAGUUAUGAAAGUAACACCAUUAUGAUUCUUGAUUCGUCCACUGGUCAGAUGACACAACUGAUGGGGGAGAAGGAGGGGAUACAACAUCCAAUGUAUGCCUACUACUGUCCGCAACAGAGAAAGAUUCUUGUCACGGAAUAUGCGAAGAGUUCAGUCAAAGUGUUCAAUACAAUCGGAUAAUGCCAGCCAUUGGGAUGAAAUGGUUCAAAACAUCAACUUUACGAUCACUUACCAAUCGCCAUUCAGUUGUAGCAUUCUUAUGAGAAUGUUACGUGGACCACUUCAGGAAAAGUGCGUGCAAGCCAAAAUAACUAUUAAAAUGUUAUCGAGAAAAUAGCAUAAAUUUUCUGCCAGAAAGAUGUUACUUUGUGGACAGUGUAUGUUUUUUUAUUUUAUCUGCAAUUACCUAUCUGAAAUAAUAAUUAUAAGUAUAAUUGUUUUAUUCUUAAUUAAGUUGGAAUGCAUUGUGUUUUGAACCAUGUUUUCGCUGUCGUUUUUGUAUUUUCCUUGUCUUAUUAUUACCAAUUGGCAUUAUCAUCCCUUUUGAUAUUGGUCGUAAUUUUAAAUAUCUUUAAUCUGUAGCAAAAAAUCUGAUACUUACAUAUUGAUUGUCUUUUUGGAGUUUAAAUGUACAUUAUUUUAAAAUUAAGAGUUAAAA